CUAAACCCAGAACCAGGACCUAAAACCAGGUCCUAAACCAGGUCCAGGACCUAAAACCAGGUCCUAAACCAGGACCAGGACCUAAAACCAGGUCCUAAACCAGAACCAGGACCUAAAACCAGAUCCUAAACCAGGUCCAGGACCUAAAACCAGGUCCUAAACCAGGUCCAGGACCUAAAACCAGGUCCUAAACCAGGACCAGGACCUUUACGCACCAUGAGCGCGCCCCUGUACGCGCCCACGGCGGCGCACCCGGGGCCCUUGCUCUCGGCCGCGGGGCCCCCGGGGCCCCUGCUGUCCCCGACCCCGACCCCCUUCUACAUCGAGGACAUCCUGGGCCCGCGGCCCCCGUCCGGGCCCCCCACGCUGCUGCCGUCGGCCCGGUCCUCCUUCAGCCCGGUGCUCGGGGGCGGGGUGGUGGGGGGGCAGCACCCCGGGGUGCACCCGCGGACCCCGCACGUGUACGAGCCCACGCCGCUGCACCCCGUCCUGCACUACGCCCCUGCGGGGUUCCCGUUCCACGCGCAGCCGCCGCGCUCCGUGGGAGAGUACGCGCAUGCGCUGCUGCGGCACAACUCCCUGCAGGGGAAGCCCCUCCUCUGGACCCCGUUCAUCCAGCGGCCGCUGCACAAGCGUAAGGGCGGGCAGGUCCGGUUCUCCAACGAGCAAACGGUGGAGCUGGAGAAGAAGUUCGAGACGCAGAAGUAUCUGUCGCCGCCGGAGAGGAAACGGCUGGCCAAACUACUACAGCUCAGCGAGAGACAGGUUAAAACCUGGUUCCAGAACCGGCGGGCCAAGUGGCGGAGACUGAAACAGGAGAACCCGCAGACCUGCAAGAGGGACGCCGUGGAGGACGACCGGAGCUCCGAGCUGAACCCGGAGCCGAGUCAGACCCGGGACCGGCCCCCCCAAACCCGAGCCCCCCAGGACCAGGUCUCCCGGGCCCCCCUGGACCGGAACCCCCAGGACCGGGACCAGGUCUCCCCGGCCCCCCCGCACACACCCCAGACCGACCUGGACUCGGACUCGGACCAGGAGCUGGACAUCGAUGACUAGCUGACACUAAACCCGGAACCGAGACUAUCCGGAACCGGGACUAUCCGGAA